GUGAAGAUGACGUCGCCGGCGCAGCGCCUGAGGGGCCAGGGAUGCCUUUUGCCCCCGGGGUCUCGCGCCGAGCAGCCCGGGGUGGUUGUCGAGAUGGGCCAAGACGGCGCGGCGGGCAACGAUCCCAUGGGACUUGCAGUUUACUUUUCGUUGCGCAAGGCCUAUGGCCUUGCGUCUAUGGCGAUGCCGGUCGGUCGUUAUGGAAUGAAUGACAUGGGAGACGACUUCGACGCCAACUCUGGUGCUAAGACAGCCGAGGGCACCGCGGGCUUGACCUGCUGCCGGAAGGCGCUGCGCUCCACGCGUGCCCUCGAGGCUGUCGCAUCAAAUGUGGCCGUUAGUCUCCAUGCAUCCAUGACCCUAGUUGAUGUCGUUGACUAUUGGAACGAGCCCCUGCACCUCUGGAUGGAGACGCAGGGGGGCGACAUGAAUACGGAUGACGACAGGGUCGCGAAGCAUCGGGAGACGAGGGGGGGGGAUUUGAACGAGCGCGUGGUCAAAUGGUACAAGGUGCCUGGUCUGUGCCAUAUCCUCGGCCUCGGACACGGCCGCGCCGCGGAAGAGGUUAGCGAAGCCGCCGAGAAGUUCAAGUGCUGGCUUAGGUUGCCGAAGAUCCCUGGCCCAGACAACAUCAGCUUCAACCCCAAUGUCGCUGGCUUGCUCACGACGUUUUUGUUCAAGCCUGACUGCGCCGUUCAGUGGGGGGGAGCUAUGUUCUCCGACGACAUAUGGAGGGCUUCCUGGGUGAAGGUGGCGUCUGGGCACGCUCCUCGCAUCCGCGGUCCUCACUGCGACGGCGGGAUAGGGUAUGCUUACCUGGUGAUCCGUGAUCACGAGUGCACAUUCCGCAUGCCGGGGCCACGAGUGACCGCUGAUCAGCGUGCUAAGCUCGCUGGUCAGUGGGCCCAAAAGGCGACGGACAAACUCUGGCGCAAUCUCCCCACGGUGACACUGGAGGACGCCUUCGCCUACCUGGCGGACCCAAGAUAUGGACCGCACGAACGCCGCGAUGGUGACUGGCAGGUUCGCAGGAGGAUCGGCAGGCUUCCGAACAUUGACGCAGCGGACAUCGCAAACGAGAAGGGUAAAUUUCUGCUGGCGGGUGAGAUGUUGUAUUAUGCUGACAAGCAAAUGUCCCCCUGCCGUGGGAAGACGCACGCGGAGCUCAUGGAUCACCUCCGUACUUACCCAUCACUGUGGAAUCUUGGAGAGCACUAUGUGGAUGAUGGCACGCGCAGGCCCGAGUGGGUUCAUGAUGCGUGCCCGUGCAUUUCCGGGUCUGGAGUCGCAAAGACGCGGGUUAUCUACGCGGCCAGGCAGUGGUGGAUAGCGCUGCGCAUGCAGCGUGGCUGUGGACGAAGGACUACACCCCGUGACCCGCAGUGGACGGCCAAGUUGAGGAUCAACCCGAAGCCGGAGAGAGGUUUUCCCGACGUAACAAAGCCGUCGAGCUACACCAUGGGGAUCAUUUUCCAAGGGCGGCUAUGCCCCGAGUGGCGCGGCGAAGGGGCCGCCGAUGCCGUGGCCCGCCGCGGGAUCAGCAUCGGCUUUGUCUUCGGGCCGCGGGGCAACGCCGCAAUCGCCCAGACCGUCGCAACCCCCACUGUCGAAGGGCUCGCCCCCGACUAUGCCGGGCAGGGGAUCCUCGUGGCGCAGGGCGCCGCCUCCGCCUCCGACAUGGCCGCCGACGCCGUCGAUGGCACCGCCUCCGGCGGCCGGGUCGCCGGCGCCGCCAGCGGGCCCGCCGCCUCCGGCAGACCAGUCGCAGGACCCGCCUCCUCCAGCUGGGCCACCGCCGAUGGCGUGGCCGCGGACGGCGCGGGCGGGCGCUGUCGCGUCGGCUCCGUCUACUUCGUCGGAGGGGCCGCGGGCGACAGCGGCGCCUCCCCCGCCCGCGCGCGCCCCGCCAUCGCAGACGCAGGAGACUGGAACGAGCACGUGGUCAAAUGGUACAAGGUGCCUGGUCUGUGCCAUAUCCUCGGCCUCGGACACGACUGUGCCGCGAAAGAGGUUAGCGAAGCCACCGAGAAGUUUAAGUGCCAGCUUAGGUGGCUGCGGACGAAGGAUUACACCCCGUCCGACCCGCAGUGGAGGAACGCGUUGGGGAUCAACCCGAAGCCGAUUUUGCACGGCAAUCACUUCUCGCCGAGCAUGCUUCGCGGCCCCGCGGACCCCGGGCAGGUCAUUCCCGUGCGGGAUCUCAGGUCUGGUUUGUGGAAGGGCGCCGAGCUGUUCGCCCAGUGCCUGGCCUUCUCGCAGGCCGUGCCACCCUGCCCCGACUGCAGGCUGGUCUGCCCCGCGCUGUCUUGUCCAGCGCCGAACCUCUCGUGCCCGAGAUCCGUGGCGCCUAACCUCACAUGCCAGGCCCCGCUGGUGCAGCUUGCCUGUCCCGAGGGCCAUCAGGCGCCGUCGAUCAAUUUGUCCUGUCCUGUCGCCUACCCCUUACCCGCCGAGGGGGGUUUCCUCGGCUACGAUCUGCCCUCCCUGACUGUCGGCGUGCUCGUCGGCAGCGUGGGCAGCGCGGGCGACUGGGUCCUCAUGCGGUAUGAUCUACCAGGGCCCGAAGUCUGGCACGAGCGCCCCAUCACUGGGGCAUCGGCCGCGCAGCCCUCUCUCGUCUCCACGGUCACGAACGAUGGCGAUCACUAUGCAGAGGACCUCAGCGAACAGAACGACGACAUUGCGGAGGUGAGGUGGAUCGGCCAGCCUGGGGACACUCCAGUCGGCGUGGACGGACGGCGGAUCUACAGGUUCCAGAACCCUCCCGAUGCGGCUACCUUCGAGCAGCUGAAGCGCGACGGCGCCCUCAUCGUGGGGGGCCGCGUCGCGGCGCCCGCUGCCGCAGAGGAGCCGGAGUGGCAGGAGUCGCGUGGCGCGCAGGUGCUGCUGUUCCCGCGGCGCCUCCUGGCUCGGUGCGGGUCGCGACUGAGGACUGCCACGGACUCCCUCGUGGGCACGUGCUCCCCGACCCGCUCCCCGACGGCGCGCAGGCAUGGGGCCUCGGUGCGCGUUCGCCGCAGGCUGGCACGCCGCCGCACCCUCGAGGCGGAGUGCAACGAGGUCAUCGAAGGCCUCAACAUGCUACACUCUCCUGCACAGCGACGUAGCGCUCCCAAUGCUGCUCAGAGGGAGUCCCAUCGGGCCAUUUUCUCCGAGGUAAAGGCUGCCCCAAGAGCCAGCGCCGUGUACGCCCGCCGUGAGGCCGCUCGUGAGCUUCUGACAAGCAGCCUCUCGUACACCGGCGACGAGGCCAAGAGUCCGGUCGUGCAGUAUGACAGAUCUCGUGUUGAUAUCCCCAGAGUGGGAUCGGCAGUGCCCCGGGUGGAGACGGUGAUCGACCCGGUCGGGAGGGAGUAUCUGCUGCAUUUCGAGACGCGAAUGCUACGCUCUGCUGAUGAGUGGGAUCAGAUCGUCGAGACCGAGCCCCCCAUCGCCCCGUGCAUGGACGACUACCUGCGGAGGCAUCAGGGCGCCUACAUCACUUCCGUGGGUGACCUUGUGGCCGCAGGCAACCUUAAGGACAUCGUAACCCCGUUCUUCGUGGCCAAGAAGAACGGGCAACAGCGCCUCGUCUGGGAUGCUCGUGUCCCGAACAGGCGCUUCCGUCACGCGCCCCCGCAGAGUAUGGGCACGUCGGCGGCCUGCGGAAGGAUCGACCUCGGGUGCGUCGCCGACGACAGCGGCAAGUUCAAGGACACAUUGUACUGCGCCCAGGCCGACAUACGCAACUACUUUUACAUGCUGGGUCUCAGUGAGGAGGUCGGCUUGUUCUUCUCACUGCCACCUGUGCCCGAGGCUAGGCUGUCGCAGUGGGGUCGAAGCGCGGUGGGCUCCCCUCAGGUGGACCGCGGGGGUUGGGUUUGGCCCUUCCUCGCGGUGGUCCCGAUGGGGUGGAACUGGGCCUUCUGGCCUGGGCAGCGCUGCAACGUCUUCCGCUGCUUGCAGGCGUCCUCGCUGGGCCCUGAGCGUCUGCUCACGGACUCCUACGGGGACGCGAUGGAGAUCAACAUGGGGCACCGUCUUGGGAAGCAGCUGGAUGUCUUCGGGGACGUCAACACCGUCUCCCUCGAGUUCCUCAAGGGAGAGCUCUGGAGCGAGGUCUUCGCUGCCCCCUUCCACGUCUCGGAGCCCAUCCCUGUCUUUGAGGCGCGGGCCAGCGACGCAGGGUCCAGACAUAUACUUCGGUCCUUCAGGGCCUUCAACAAGCGGCACCUGAAGUUAGGUCGGUCGUUCGAGGGCAGCUCGCGCGAGGAGCGGGCGACCAGGAGGGUGACAGCCUCGGGCGAGUUCCACAGGGCCCAGGAGGGCGCGCAGUCCUUCCUGGAGGUGAACGCUGUGGUCCCCGCCACGCAGGACAUCUACUUGGACUGCAUGCUGGAGCUCAAGCGUUUCGUCGUGGCCCACGGCCUCUCGCUGGGGACCCCAGCCGAGGCCGACCUUGCGCUGACGAGCUUCGCCAACUACGCCUGGACAGAGGGCCUCGACAGGGGGGUCGUCCACCGGACCUGUGCGGCCUUCCUCUCAGAGCACCCCGACUUCUCCUGGCGGGGCGCGCUACGCCUUCCGAGUUUGUCGCGAGCGAUGCAGGGAUGGGAGAGGCUCGACCCAGGGCUCACGAGGCCCCCGAUCCCGUGGAUCCUGACCUGCCUGAUCGCCCAGAUCAUGAUUGUCAACCUCAAGGUGCGCAUGGCAGCGCUCGUGGUGCUGACGAUGUUCAUGGCCUACCUGCGCCAGUCCGAGGCGGAGAACGUGCUCGAGGAGGAGCUGGUGCCCCCGUCGGCGUCGUCCGGCUCCUUCGUGCUGAACCUCCACCACAGCGACGGCGGCGAGGUGGGCAAGGUCAGGCUCUCCGACGAGUCGAUCAUGCUCGACUCUGUCGAGGCGGAGUGGCUCGGGGACCUGCUGCGCGCAGUCGAGAGCGGCCUGCCGCGACGCCCGCUGUUCAGGCUCACCGUGCUUCAGCUUCGCAUCUUCUGGAGCACGCUCAAGAUCUUCGACAUCCCCAACGAGUACGCGUUGUACCAGCUGCGCCACGGAGCGCGGCGCCAGCGGCCAGGGCCUCCGCAGGCCCAAGGUCCGCCGCGGCGUUUCGGGCCGCCACCCGGGCUCUGCAGCGACAUCCCGCCCCCGUUCGUCGAGCUCAUGCGCGGGUCCGCCAGCCUCUCCAGCGCCGUGGGCAGGCGCGGGCUCGCAGCCGAGGGCUGGGACUACAUCGACGGGGCUCGAGCCGACCUCGCAGACACCACCUCCGCCUCCGACAUGGCCGCCGACACCGCCGAUGGCAUCGCCUCCAGCGGCCAUGUCACCAGCGCCGCCGGCGGGCCCGCCACCCCCGGCAGGACCACCGCCGAGGGCGUCGCCGCGGACGGCGCGGGCGGGCGCUGCCACGUCGGCCCUGUCUACUUCGUCGGAGGGGCCACGGGCGACGGCGGCGCCCCCGCCGCCUUCGCACGCCCCGCCAUCGCAGACACAGGCAAAGGGAGCGAGAGUGAAUUCUCCAUUCACGUCGUGACAGCGGGCGUUGUGCUGGCAGCUGAUUAUUUCAUGCUUGCCCGGGGCUUGACGACGCGGAUGGCGGAGCUUGUCAAUGUGGCUGUUGCCCUCCAUACUGAGCAUUGGUCGUUCGCGCAGACGUGCGCGGCCUAUUCAGCACUCAUCGAGAUGGGUGGACUUCGCGCCAGGCUCGUCGGCCAAAACAUCUUCGACUACGCGAGGUACAUCGCCGACGCCUGCAAGGUUUGCGUUGAAGUGGAUACCAGCUCAGGGGACAGUCCCAGAGGAGGCCACGCCUGCACCGACGACGAGAAGCAGAGGGGGGCCAAGCCUGCCCGCCCGAAGCGAUCUGAAUGCAUCGUCAACCGCGUGCCUUACAGCGAGGAUGGUCUUCGACACUGGGCAAAUUUGGAGUUUGAACCCUUCCUCCCGCUUAGUCUCAAGGACACUUCCCGGUUACCCGUGAUGACGUGCGUGGGCGUGGAUCCUGCGAGGUUCGCGGACUGGAAAACAGAUCAGGGCGCAGCUUUGAGGUUGCUGUGGGAAGACGUGCCGAGAUACAUUCUGCCCCACGACAAUCGCCUGGGCCCCGUCGAGGGUGCAGGGCCCCAGCAAGGGCAGCCAGUUAGCAAGAAGGCUCCAGGGAUGGUCGACUUGGACGCGCCCGAUCAAGAGGAAGACGAUGCUGACGCGGAAGUCCAUAUCCUGCCACUUAUGGCUAGAGUGCCGCUGAUGUUCCGCGCUUGCAAGGGCCAUUCCGUUCGGGUCAUGGACCCGAUGCACAUGUGCAUCAGGUGCGAAGCGGCUGCGAGAUACUCCUACCCGGCCAUCGUCAUUCCCCUGGACGAUGCUGCCAUGGAGCGGUCGAUGCCUGGGUACCUCGAAACACCGAAGAACGACCUCCAGGGGAUUCGACAGCAUUGCUUCAGCACCUGUCUUCCGACCAGCUUGGUCUAUCCCGAGCUCGGUUCGGGUUGCGUCGAUUUCGUAAAGCAGAACUACGAGCUGCACCGCCUGCCCCACGAGGACAUCGGAACGAAGGACAUUGAGCCGCUCACCAGACUGAAGGCUGCCAUUGCGGCGGGGAUGGAGGAAUAUUGGCCGCAGGCCGAGUUCCGCAGGGCCCCGGUGCCUAUUGCACGGCCUACGUAUGCGGGUGCGCCAGCCGACUAUGUCGGAGCUGGCGCACCGGCGUGCGAGCCAUCUGCCAAGGGAGACAAGCGGCCUCGCUCUGCGAAGCCUGAGGGCCGCCCCAAGGCAGCGAGGGCGGGAGGCGACGUCGCGGGAAAAGGGGGGGACAACGAGAGCAGUGGCAAGGGAUCAAAGAGG